AUGCAGAGAAAUAAAGUGGUUAAUAAAUAUGGCAUCACUGAAGUUUAUCAUGGGUUGGGGAUACCCAUUUCUAUGGUUUAUUCCAGGAAUUUUUUGGGGGGAGCUGGACUCUGUGUUGGUGACUCUGAUGGUUAUAUUUCUCUUUAUUCAACUGAAAAUAAAAUUGCAAAAUUGAUUGAUUCAGGUAGUAAAAUAAAGAACGAAAAAAUCUUUUCAAGAAAAUUGCAUAAUGGCUCUGUUACAGAUACAAAAUUUCAGAACAUAGGAUUUUACUCAAAUAAGGUUGAAAGAUAUGUUUAUUCCUCAUCUACUGACAGCUUCCUAGCAAAGUUUGACUUAGAGCACGAAAAAGAGAGUUGUAAGCUCAGAGCCCACAGAGAAUGGGUAAAGAGAUUUGCUCUUUCAGCAGAAUCCUCUUCAUUGAUAGCUACAGUAGGUAACGAUGGAAGUCUCCGAAUAUACGACGAUAGAUCAUUUCACUUAAAAUGUUUAUAUUUGGGACAGGGAAGCAGUAACAAAAAUAAGGCGGAAAUUGCAGGCAGACCGAGAGUUAGUAGAAUCUCAACAACAUUAAAUACUCACAUUUUUGAAAGAAGUGACGAUUUCAAUGAAAACUAUUAUGAUUCUAUCGAAAAAAUCCGUUUGGCUCCAAUGUUUGAGUUAAAUAGAAUACAUGAACAAAACGGAAGAAAAAGCAUAGGAAGAGAGAAGAUGAUUAGUGACAAAAGCAUUUCGGUGAGUGGCGUAACUUUUCUUAGUGAAGGUAAUUAUUUAGCAACCAGUGGAUGUACAGAUGGACAUAUUAAAGUUUGGGAUAUUCGGAAAGCAUCAUGUGGGAGUACAGAAAAAGCUUGCAUGCUCAAGCUUGCUCCUCAGAAGGAUGAAGAUACUAAAAGAGGCAUUAUAUGGAUGGAAGCUGAUGAAUUAUACAACAAACUUGCUCUUCAAACAAGGAAGGGGAUGAUUUAUAUAUACAGCGUGUCCGGGAUUCUUUCAUGUAGCGAAGACUUGAAUGCAAUAACGAUAGAUUCAAAUAAGUUAUUCUAUGAAAAGGAGAAUGUGGAAUUGUUGGAUGCAAGCCAGAGACCUUCAAUUUCAAGUGAUGGAGAAUGGCUAAUUACUGCAUCAAAUUCGGGAUCGAAGUUUUGUAUAUUCAAAACUUCAACAGAUUUAGAAAAUUCAAUUCUUUAUUAUGGACAAAGUGAACAGGAAGAAAGUUUGAUACCUAUUUUUCAAUGUUUUGCAUGGAAAAGAAGCAAAAUUAACGUGGAGAAUAAUAGCGGUUUCCCGCCCAAAGAAGGAAAUAUGAAUUUCUGGGAGGCCAAUUGUGUGGGGAGGGAAUACCGUUUAAAUUUUUCAGUGGGGACAAAAUUGAAAAAGCUGAGUUUUUAUAACAAUAAGGAAUUUCAGUUAGACAUUAGAAGACCGGUUAUGCCAAACUUUUCUGGAGCUUCUGCAGGAGGGGAUGCAACCAAUAGCAGAACUACCGUUGGACAAAGUGAUGAAAGUGUUAUUAAGUCUAGAUGGGUAUCGGGUGAAACAUUAUCAUAUAGUAAUUCUUUUGAUGGAGACAUGGAUGCUGUAAACCAGCUAUCUUUGUCUUCCUCAUUAUCUGUACCUUUUCCAAAACCGAGUAAAGCGAAUAAAACGAACGAUGAAGAUUUUACUUUGAAAGAUAUGAAUGAGAGGAAUGGAGAAAACAAUGAGGAAUUUCAAGAAUCAAGAGCAGGAAAAGGAGAAAGAAAAACUGGUUUCCUUACUGUUGGUGGAAUUGGGUUUUCAGAAAAGGAUUCUCAGGCUUUAAACGAUGGCGGAGCUUUCUUAAGACCUGCUCCGACUCCGGAUAGUGUAGAAAAGACUCCUUUUAGAAGAAGUAUUCCCUUCAUGGGUUCGUCUCAGGACAGUGUAGGUUACCCUGCUCCACAGAGAGGUCAGAGUACUUACAUCACACAAUCUCAGGAGAGCUUACUAACUCCAAUAUCGCCGCAGAAAAGUUCAAUGGAUACCAAGGAAACUUUGGAGAUGGAAAAUGAUGACUCUGGUAAUACUUCAUCAAGCUACUCAUGCGACUUUAAUCCACGCAGAAUAAUCCACAUUCCUCUUUCUCAGUCAAAUGAAGAGGUUCUGGCAAGCCCAAGCAUUGAUAGAGCAGGAUCUUUCGAAGUUGAUUGCACAAUAUACUCCGAGUCUAUUCAACAAGUUCAAGUAUCGACUCCAGGAUCUUUAGAUAGAAAUUUCAACACAAUAUUACGCGAUGAUGAUAAAUUUGAAGAAGGCAAUAAAGGGUUCAAGCAGAGAAGAUUAGAUAGUUGGGUAAGAGUCAAGAAGAACAAAGAGGGAGGGAGCACCGCAAAUUGCAGUACUGCAGAACUUUCACCAAUAAACUAA